CGGGAGGAGGCGGCGCAGGGCCCCGCCGAGGCCGAGGACUUCCCGGAGAGCUCGGAGCUGGAGGACGACACUGAGGGGCUCUCCACGCGCCUCAGCGGCACCCUGAGCUUCACUGGCCACUGGGAGCAGGGCGACAGCGACGACGGUGACGACGAGGACGACGAGGGCGGAGAGGAG